AUGUCGCUACUUCAAGUGUGCUCUCAUGCCGGCCAUCUUCCCCUAUCUCAGGUUGCUGCAGUCCAAGGGCGGGUAGUGCUGGCUGAUGUGGAGCGUGUGUGUGUAGUUGGGUCUGGGAACUGGGGCAGUACAGUUGCAAGAAUCAUCGGGCAGAACACAGAGAGGCUUGGAGACAGGUUCGACAGGUCGGUCAAGAUGUGGGUGUACGAGGAGAUUGUUGACGGACAGAAACUUACUGAGAUCAUAAAUACGCGGCAUGAAAAUGUGAAAUACCUCCCAGGUGUCGAGUUGCCAUCCAAUGUGAUCGCGGUCCCAGAUCUCGCACAAGCAGCGUCGGGAGCAACUAUCCUUGUCUUCGCGCUCCCUCACCAGUUUCUUCCAAAACUUCUUCCCACCAUCCAACAAGCAAGGAGCUCCAACGCGAUUGCAGUAUCGUUGAUCAAAGGAAUGGCGACAGGAUGUGACAUCUCUGUCUUGAUGGGAGCAAACGUUGCUGAUGAGGUUGCACGUGGAGACUUCUGUGAGGCAACCAUUGGAUACAGGUCGAAGGGGAAUGCGGAACUCAUCAAGACGCUGUUUGAGCAACCGACUUUUCAGCUAAGGCUCAUUCCUGACCCUGUGGGCGUUGAGAUUUUUGGAACGCUGAAGAAUGUCAUAGCACUGGGAGCAGGUUUUGUAGAUGGACUUGGGUAUGGAACAAACACAAAAGCGGCAAUCAUGCGCAUUGGGAUGCAUGAGAUGUUGAGAUUUGGGGAGACUUUCUUCCCUGAGAUGAUGAAAGACACUAUCUUGGAAUCUUGCGGCGUUGCUGACCUCAUCACGACAUGCUUCGGGGGGAGAAACAGGAAGUGCGCGGAACAGUUUGCGAGAGGACCGCGAGACUGGAAGCAGCUCGAAGCAAGCAUGCUCGGAGGGCAGAAGCUACAAGGAGUGUCGACCAUCGAGCAUGUGCACAAGAUGCUACGAGACAAACAGGUUGUUGGUCGCUUCCCGCUCCUCGACCUCAUCUACAGGAUAUGCAUGUGUGCAUGCGAACCGGAGGAGAUUGUUCGAAGUGCCUCUACGUGCUAUGUCGCUGACUGA